UCAGAACAACAACGAAGCAUAAACUCUAGUAAAAAAUACUUGGUAAUAAAUACCCUAGAAUUUAAUGCAAUUAUGCACCUACCAACUAACACCAUGUCGAUUGUCCAAAUAACUUCCAAAAUGUUAGGAAUGCAUUUUGCAUUCAAUUAUAUGCAUUAAAUAUUCUAUGCAAUACAUCUUAUGCAUUAAAUAUGCUUAAUCGUGUGGCGGUGAGUGCGAUGCUCUGUGUGUAACAUGACUCAGAGCGUCACCGGCGGAAGGUCACGGAGCAGAGAGCCCGACGGAAGCGGGACUCAAAGCCUCUCCGCCAUUGUAGAACAUGGUACAGGAGAUCUCAGUAAAGCACUACUCGGUUUUACGUUAACGAUAGACCACGUAGCUUCUCCCGACGCGUUUGGACCCGCUGAGAACACACGGUCUGCCAUCGGAGUACGGUAAAGCCCCUCGCUGCUGCCAGCUCCGACGACGGGCGGAGAACCGGAGAACGAGCCGCCACCGAGCCGCCAGAGAGCCGAGCCGCGCUAGGGAAGCACCGGAGCGCCCAGCAGGAUACACCGGGGACAGGCGGAGCAGCGAUCGGGUUUGGUUCCUGGAGGAUGUCCGCUACAACAGUCGACCCGAGACCGAAGGGACAAGGAAAUAAAGUGCAAAACGGAUCAAUGCAUCAAAAGGAUGGUGUGAACGAUGAUGACUUUGAGCCAUACCUAAGUGGUCAGACAAAUCAGAGCAACAAUUACCCUCCAAUGUCCGACCCUUACAUGCCCGGCUACUAUGCUCCCUCCAUCGGCUUCCCCUACUCCCUGGGAGAGGCCGCUUGGUCCACCGCCGGGGACGCGCCCAUGCCCUACCUCACCACCUACGGCCAGAUGAGCAACGGUGAACCCCACUACAUCCCAGACGGUGUGUUCGGCCAGCCGGGCGCCCUGGGCAACACCCCCCCCUUCCUGGGCCAGCACGGCUUCAAUUUCUUCCCGGGUAGCGCAGACUUCUCCACCUGGGGCACCAGCGUGUCGCAGGGCCAGUCCACGCAGCAGAGCUCGGUGUACAGCAACAGCUACGGCUACGCCCCCAGCUCCCUGGGCCGGGCCAUCGCCGACGGCCAGGCGGGCUUCAGCAGCGACACGCAGCUGAGCAAGGUCCCCGUGCUGAACAGCAUGGAGCAGGGCAUGGCGGGGCUGAAGCUGGGCGCCGACAUGGGGGCGGCCGUCACCAAGACCGUGGGCUCCCCGCUCGCCUCCGCCGCCGGCAUGAGCAGCAUGGCUGCCAACGCCGUCCCCCAGUCCGUCAGCUCCUCCGCGCCCAAGCCCGCCUCCUGGGCUGCCAUCGCCAGGAAGCCGGCCAAGCCCCAGCCCAAGGUCAAACCCAAAGCCAACAUGGGGAUGGGCUGUGGUGCGGCCAUCCCCCCUCCCCCCAUCAAGCACAACAUGAACAUUGGCACCUGGGACGAUAAGGGCCCCCUGGGUAAGGCCCCGAUGGCCCAGGCCAUGAUGCCCCCCCAGACCAUGGUGCAGCAGCCCCUCAUGGCCCAGCACCAGCCGCUGCUGCAGAGCCCUCUGCCUCCACAGCACCCUCAUCAGCACCAACAUCCGCACCAGCACCAACACCAACACCAGGCUUACCACCUCCAGUCUCUACAGUCCCCCCAGCACCCCCAGGCUCUGCCCCCCGGUCCCCCCCACUCCCACCCCCAUCCCCACGCCCAUCCCCACUCCCACCCCCACGCCCACCUCUCCUCCCAGGCCGGCCCGCCCCAGGCCCUCCAUCAGCACCAGCAUCAUCAUCAGCAGCAGCAGCAGCAGGGCCCUCCCCCGAACCGCUGGGUGGCCCCCAGAAACCGGGGCGCCACGUUCAACCAGGGCCCCGGGGCGGAGGGCUUUGCCGGCAUGGGCGGCGUGGCUAUGAGCGCCCCCCCAUGCUCCAGCGGAGAAGUGCACCCGGUGCUUGAGAAGCUGCGCACGCUCAACAACUACAACCCCAAAGACUUUGACUGGAGCCUGAAGAACGGCCGCGUGUUCAUCAUCAAGAGCUACUCGGAGGACGACAUCCACCGCUCCAUCAAGUACUCCAUCUGGUGCAGCACGGAGCACGGCAACAAGCGCCUGGACGGGGCCUACCGCUCGCUGGGCGGCAAGGGGCCCCUCUACCUGUUGUUCAGCGUAAACGGCAGCGGCCACUUCUGCGGAGUGGCGGAGAUGCGCUCAGCCGUGGACUACAACGCCUACGCCGGCGUCUGGUCGCAGGACAAGUGGAAGGGCAAGUUCGAGGUGCGGUGGGCGUUCGUCAAGGACGUUCCCAACAACCAGCUGCGACACAUACGCCUGGAGAACAAUGACAACAAGCCGGUGACCAACUCCAGGGACACACAGGAAGUGCCUCUGGAGAAGGCCAAGCAGGUGCUUAAAAUUAUCGCCACCUUCAAGCAUACCACCUCAAUCUUUGAUGACUUUGCACACUACGAGAGUCGCCAGGAGGAAGAGGAGGCUCUGAGGAGGGAGCGGAGCCGGAAUAAACAGUAACCUUCAAGCUGGACGCUCUCUACUAGAACUGCAACUCAUAUGGACGUAGGACCUUAUAUAAUUCGCCCAACCGGAACGGAGGGCGGGCUUUCUCUCUUUCUCUCUCUCUCUCACACUCUGUCCCUCUGUCUCUCUCUAUAUGUGCUUUUUGUUGACCAUGUGUCUGAACACCACCGUGAAUGGACUCGUAUGUUAGAGUUGAGCGGUGCAUCGAAUAGGUCCGUGUCUCCUCUUCUCCCUCCCCACCCCCACUGUCCCACUAAGAAGAAAACUUCGUAACCCCCCCCCCACACACACGUUAGGUUGUUUGUCUCUAAAGCACUUUUUUUUUGUUUUCAGUUGGGUCAUCAUUAAUAACCUCUCAAAUUACCCCCAUAAUUUCUCUAACUUUGUCUUCUUAUCUUCUUUACUUAUAUUUGUGAUUAACUGACUAACCAAGCGUAGUCAGAACAUUUCGCUAGUUAUUUGUAUUAUUAUUUUUUUCUUCGUUUUAUUAAUGCCUCAAAAAAAAUUAAGUCUGGGAUGCUAUUGGUGAAGUGAAUCUUCUAUGGAAGGGAUUUAAGAUGACCUGUCUAAAUAAAGCCUACUUGAAUCUGUAUUCAGCUGUCUGCUUCUUCCUGCUUCAGAGGCUGCGGUUGAUUGACAGGUGGAUCGGCCAAUCUGUAAUACACCCCUCCCCUCAAUAACGCUUGACAUCCAAUGUCCUCUCCCUCUCUGUGUGAUCUGUUUCUGUUCCUGUGAACUAACGGUUACGCUAUGAGCUUGUUAGCACUAGCCGAUAAAUAUCUCUUUGUUGCAUUUUGUUUUUCUUUUUCCCGCUCUUGUUAUCCUGUCACUAAAGUUAAUCCCAGGUCUCGUGGUCUGCUGUUCAACGUACUGUAACUCGGCAAAUCAGACACCGCUGUCACUGAACCACACUAGCACUUUUUGGAGAUCAACCCCCCCCCCCCACACACACGCACACACAAAAUCAUCAUCUGUUAUGGUGUUUAAUCGUGAAGUUAUUCACUAUACCUAGAGAACCAUCAGCCAUGUUUAAAAGAAACCAACUACCAACAUGUAUUCUGUUUCUUGGAGGAGGGCGUAGGAGGCUGUUAGUCUGGUAUCCAACUCAAAAAUUACUUAUCUUCUGAUGUAUGCAUUCAAACCACCGUAAGAAUAUAAAUUGUUGUGAAUACUUAAACGUGAAAGUUUUGAAAUCAACUUGAGCGGUCUGUAGACAGUCCCCCGUCUAUGCCUCGGGCUAGCGUGACACUAGAGGAUCCAGCCAACUAGCUGUAGCCACAAACCGCUACAUGUGGUAUUUACUCUUCCUUUAAUUACAUUAAUUGCCCCCUGAAAACAAUUAGGCCUCAAUAUCAAAGACAUGUGUGCGCCAUAGAGCCUGACGAAGGGCCGUGGCAUUUCCUGUUUACACACAGGUCUGAACAGGACAGGGUGGGUGACUGGAGACAGAAUGGCUUUUGACUGCCAGCUGCUCUAGUUAUUUUGUGAUAUUAAAAAUGGAUAAUGAUAUACAUUAAAAUAUGAAUGACUACUAAUCUAAUUAGUAAAUUAUUUGAGUGUUUUGAGUGUUUAAUUAGUACUAGAGUUUCCGCACACGUGUUGCACACGCUCAACCUGUAGUUGUAAUUAUUCCAAUAGCAAUAAUGUGGGAUCUCCAGUCGAUAAUGUAACACAUUUUUGAGCGCAUAAUAUGAUAAAAAAAUUCUAAUAAUGUUACAACGUAUAACAUUUUGGUUAACUUUUUAUGUAAUGAAGCAAGCAUAAUAAUUUCCUCCUUACGUUAUAAAGCAAACAUCAUAAUUUUCUACCUAUAAACCGUUUUCACACAUUUUUGCCACAUUUGUAUACCAGAAGAUUCUACCCUGAGGGUGUUUCAUACUUAAUGCUUUAUAUGCGGACAUCGAUGUCAUUUAGUACACAUGCAAAAUAAAUAGAUAGGCUACGACUUCAAAUUGACUGUGACUUUAGUGUACGCAUUCAAAUUCUGCAGUUAGGUGCUAAAGACUUUUACCACAAUAAUACCUUCAUACUGCGCUGCAAUAAUUGUAGCAAAAGGAUUUGUGCACCUGUAACACAGAUUUGUGUACUCGUAGACCCUAUUUCGUGUUUACGAUGGUAUAAAAAAGACAUGAAGACAUGGCUAACUCCCGCGGCUAUGGUUCCAUUGCAAUAUGGACUCACUGGCGUUUUUCUUUUUUCUCGGGUUGGGUCGGGUUUGGGUCAUUAUCGGCGCAUAUUUUUGCAAACCGGACCCGCGCAUCACUACUAACUAGCUAAUCCACAUUUGGACCUAGCACUAGAAGACAACCCCUAAACUCCAACCUAGCUAGCCUGGCUCACUCUCGCGCAUCUGUGUUCGCACUCGUGCAUGAUUGCGCGUCCAUGUACUUGGAAUGGGUGGAGUGAGAGUCAGCGUUUAAGGAGAGGGGGUCGGACCAUUUGAGUUGUGUGUUUUCAACAUCUGCUGGCGUUUCGCAAAUCCCAUAUACCCAACCUUUAAAUGUUGCUAAAAUGAUGCGUCAUAUAUUCUAGGGGUGGGAAAAAUAAUCGAUUCUUCGAUGCAUCGCUAUUCUCUCUAAAACUAUUCCGUCUCGAUGCAGAUCAAUUAAUAAUCGGAAUUCUAAUAAAAAAUAAAAGAAAAAAUAUUUUUUCUUUUAAAUUUGUUUGCCUGCUGCAACAAUCUGUUCACCAGAGAGAGAUGAUUUUAGUAAUUUUAAAAUUAUUUUAUUUAUCUUCAGUGUGUAUUGGCCAAUGGGAUUUGUCUUGACACGAUUGCGAUUGCAAACUCACAGCCAGACAAAAGAACUCCUUCUAAUUCAAGAGCAUCUUUUUCUUUAAUGACAUAGAAAAGAAAGAUUAGAAAGAAAAGAAAACUGAACCCUAUUUUUUACAUACUUCCAUAUCAACCUGGUCUCACAGGAAUCCGUGAAAUGACUACGGACGAAUAACUCGAAAUCCGUGGCCACAUCACGGAAACACGCCGAUUUCCGUGAUGUGGCCACGGACACAUGACACUGUUAUUCCGUGGAUUCCCCUUUCAAUCUGUGUGUGUGCUCCCGUUUCAAUCUGUGUGUGUGCCACAUUUGACCACAGCGGGGGCUUAACUCCAAAUCUGUGGUGGUCUGACGGAAUCACUUCAAUUGUCCGUGAUGUGGCCACGGAAUUUGCUCCAAUGCAAGUAAAUGACACUGUUAUUCCGUGGCUCACGGAUAUCGGCGUGUUUCCGUGAUGUGCCCACGGAUUUCGAGUUAAGCGUCCGACCGUAGUCAUUUCACGGAUUACUGUGAGACCAUGUUGUUCCAUAUUGUUUUGUAAUGCAAGCUGCAUUCAUUAUUGCAUUUUUCAUAGAAAGUCAUAUUUGUGACAAAAGCUUUUUCUCUAAUAAAAUAUUAGAAAAGUUAAUUCAUCUGUUGAUGUCUUUAUGAUCAUCACAAAAGUAGGAAGUGAUUAGCAAACUCUGAGUAGCAAACUCAGAUGUAUAUAUAUAUUUUUGAAAAUCACGCAUGGAAAUGUACAUAAAAAAAUUUGUUCGAUAAUCGUUUUAGAAUCGAAUCGUUUACCUCAUAUUCGGAAUCGAAACGUGAGGUGCCAAGAGAUUCCCACCCCUAAUAUAUUCCGUUGCAUCCACAAAAUCUGAAGCAUCGAUCGAUGAAAGAUUGGUGCAUGAGUUAGAGACAAAUAGAAGAAACGACAAAGAAGAAAGGUGUCGCGAACGACUGCGUUACCAGAGAAAGAGCGUAUAUUUUUGCUUAAUUUCACAUAUAACUAACACUUGGACAAAUGUAGUUAAUUUCUGUGUUUAACUGAGAAAAAAAGUGAGUGGAAGGAUGGGACCCUAUAAUGUUCAGCUGACUGUUGUAAUAAUAAUAAAAAAAACAUUUUCUAUGCACGUGCAACUGUGAACUAAUUUAUUGCAAUUUAUUGUAUGAUGUGUGCUUUUAGGGGUUAUGAUAAGACCUAUCUUUAAGCGUUCAACAAAAAUGACUCGUAAAAGCAGUGCCAACAUUUAAUUAUGUUUGAACCCAGUGGUUCUCAACCUUUUUUGAGCAAACGCCCACGGCACUCCCACGGCACUCCCUUGCCUCCCGCCGUGCCCCGUCAAUGAAUGAAUGCCCGGGAACCGCGGGCACCGUGACAGCGGCCCAGGCAACGCGGGCACCGCAGCCCGGGAACCACGGGCACCGCGAAAACAGAUUGCGUGCAGAGUUAGGCCUGUAUAUUUUGUAGGCCUAUUUGAAAUACAACAGUGUUUUCGUGGAGACCACGCUCAGAGAAGCUGGAACUGAACAACUGCGAGAGGAAGGAUGAAAACGGGCUAUAAAAACAAAAUUCGUUUUUUUUUUAUUUGUUUGAUUGUGUUGUGUUGGUUAUUGAACUGUGCAGGACCAAACCGCGCUGUAUGACCACUGUUACACUGAGCCUAUUUAUUUCAGGUAGCCUAUUUUUGCAAGCAAAAAAAUUUGAAAACCAAGAAAGUUUGAAAUCUCAUCUCAUCUCUCAUCAUCUCAUCGUCAUCCGCUUAUCCGGGGUCGGGUCGAGGGGGGAGCAGCUCAAUCAGGGGGCCCCAGACUUCCCUUUCCCGGGCCACAUUGACCAGCUCUGACGGGGGGAUCCCGAGGCGUUCCCAGGCCAGUGUUGAGAUAUAAUCUCUCCACCUAGUCCUGGGUCUUCCCCGAGGUCUCCUCCCCACUGGACGUGCCUGAAACACCUCCCAAGGAAGGCGCCCAGUGGGCAUCCUUACCAGAUGCCCGAACCACCUCAGCUGACUCCUUUCUAAGUAAAGGAGCAGCGGCUCUAAUCCGAGUUCCUCACGGAUGGCUGAGCUUCUAUCCCUAAGGGAGACGCCAGCCACCAUUCUGAGAAAACUCAUCUCGGCCGCUUGUACCCGCGAUCUCGUCCUUUCGGUCAUCACCCAGCCCUCAUGACCAUAGAUGAGGAUAGGAACGAAGAUCGACCGGUAGAGCGAACGCAAUACCGCCCCCGCUGCUCCGAUUCUCCGGCCAAUCUCACGCUCCAGAGUACCCUCACUCGCGAACAAGACCCCGAGGUACUCCUUCACUUGGGCUAAGGACUCACUUCCUACCCGGAGUAAGCAAUCCACCGGUUUCCUGCUAAGAGUCAUGGUCUCAGAUUUAGCGGUGCUGAUCCUCAUCCCAGCCGCUUCACACUCGGCCGCCAGCCGAUCCAGUGAGUGCUGAAGGUCACAGGCCGAUGAUCCAAUGAGGACCACAUCAUCUGCAAAAAGCAGUGACGAGAUCCUCAGACCACCGAACUGCAACCCCUCGCCACCACGACUGCGCCUCGAUAUCCUGUCCAUGUAUAUCACAAACAGGAUUGGUGACAAGGUGCAGCCCUGGCGGAGACCAGCACCCACUGAGAACGAAACUGACUGGCUGCCGAGAACACGAACACAGCUCUCGCUUUGGGAGUACAAAGAUCGGAUGGCCCUGAGGAUAGACCCCCUUACCCCAUACUCCCGCAGCACCUCCCACAGUUUCUCCCGGGGGACCCGGUCAUACGCCUUCUCCAGAUCCACAAAACACAUGUAGACCGGAUGGGCAUACUCCCAGGCCCCCUCCAGGA